UCAUAUUCAGCUAGCUUGGCUGGAAUUUCGUGCAGGUAAAAUGCUUAUGGACGGAACACGUGUACUCCCCGAUCCUCGUAAAGGACUUGUUCGUAUAGGAAGGGGAGAAGAAGGGUUAGUCCAUUUUCAAUGGCUUGACAGAUCUGCAAAUGUUGUUGAAGAUGACCAAAUUGUUUUUCCAGAUGAGUCGGUUUUUGAAAAGGUUAAUCAGUCUUCUGGGAGGGUAUACAUCCUGAGGUUUCUUACAGAUGACCGAAAGUUCUUCUUUUGGCUUCAGGAGCCCAAAGCUGAGAACGAUAUAGAGUUGUGCGAUACUGUCAAUUUCUACCUGAAUACGCCUCUAGACCCACCCGACGAAGAUGAAACUGAUGUUUCAGUUCCUUUGCAGAACCCUGAAGUUAUAGUUGAGGAUGAUAUACUUUCUAGGGCAGGAAAUUUUGUUGGACCAAGCACGGGUGUUGGAGCAACUAGUGAUGUAACUUCUGCUGGACCUGUAAAGAUGUCCGAUCUGCAGCGAAUACUAAGUAACAUAGGAUCUUCAGAUGAAGCAGGAGACCCAGAUGCAGGCUUGGGAUUAGGUGAUAUUUUGAAGCCAGAAUUUAUUUGGCCACUUAUUGAAGAACUACUACCGUUAGAUGAGCAGAUGGUGACAUUUUUACCUGAGGGUACAUGGACCGCCGAGGAGUUAAUAGAAUUGCUACAGAGUCCCCCAUUCCGCCAACAACUUGAUUCAUUUACUUAUGUGCUGCGCACUGGACAGGUGGAUCUCACUCAGUUUGGUAUAGAUCCUAGCAAAUACAAGUUCACUGUUCCGUCGUUUCUUGAGGCCCUUGAAGAUUCCGUUGCUGGAUCCGGAGAGUCGGGGCAAGGAGGCAAUGAUGUAAAAUCUCAAACUUGUCUUGGUAGUGAUGCAAUGGAUGAAGGUCAAUAGUGUAAUAUCACAUCAGAUACAGUCAGCUUUUAGUUUACUUUCAAGGUUCAUGCUAGCCGUUGAUCAUUUAGAUACACACUGAUCUUGCUCUGUGCAAUCUUAUAUCCCUGAUUUGGGGAAAAGAGAAGCAACCAGUAUAGCGUUUCUUUAGCUAUAUUACAUUGUUUGGGUUGUGUGGAUGAAGAUAUUAUCAUAUUUUACGAAGUCAAAAUUGAUCACUUGACCCUA